ACUUUAUAUAUAUUUAUAUUUCAAAUAUAUUUUAUCAAUUUUGUUUAGUUUUUUAGUUCCUAAUUCAUUAGUCCGGUUUCAAAUUAGAAAUAUUAAAAUGCAGGGUCGAGAAGAAAAGCAGUUAGACGCCAGUUUGGAGGCCAUCAUUCAGAGGAUUCAUGAUCUUCGGCAGUCCCUAAUAUCUUUCAUUUGCAAAUUAGAAAAUGAAUACAAUACACUGAACUGGACGACAGUGUUGGAUAAUUAUGCAUUGCUCUCAGGUCAAAUUAGUCUUUUGGGGAAAUUUUUGAAGAGCGACAAAAUGUCACACCUGAAAAACUAUGUCGCCAUCCCUUUUAGUCUGUCUCCAGAACUCGAUCCUAAUUUAGAGAAACUAACAGAAGGGCGAGUACCUUACUUCAAUCACGAGGUUGUGCCAAACUACUUGCGAACAAAGCCAGAGCCGGAGAUUGAAGACCGCCUUGCUCAAAUGCAAAAUAAAGCUCAUUCACUUACUGCUGAAAAUUUACAAAAGCAAACAAAUACGUUGAACAAGCUGGCAAACUUGAUCCAGGAAACGUUGAAAAAUUCAAAGGAGAUGCUUGACGGUGAUCCAGUCCAGAAAGGAAUGCCCUUGCAAACGUGCACUACCGCCGAUACGACGAAUCUAGUGGCCGCCAUGCUGACAGGAAAAGGAUUGAAGCCAUCGUCGACGUCAUCGAUGCAACAACAACAGAUUGGUGACGUCAGAAGUGGAAGCGCCGGUGGCGGGAAUUCUUCUGUCCAGCAGGUCAUGUCGAACAUGACAAACAUGUCAAAGGCUCCAAACCCCAUCAAGACGAACGUAAAGGCGGCAAUGAUUUCGACACAAUACAACAGAUGAACUUUGACCUGACACGAUUAAUCUAUGUGUGUUUGUGUGCGUGUGUUUGUGUGUGUGUGUUUGUGUGUGUCUGUAUGUAUAUAUUUAUAAAUGAGAAAUCAAAUCUGGUUUGACGUUUGCAGCAUUUUUUUCUUCUUUUGUUUUCAUUUUCGAAACAAAAAUAUAAAGGCACGUCGUUGUUGAA